UCUGUACCUAACUCCUUGAACAUCAAGGGAGGCAUGGCUGCCUGGGUCACUGGAUCUUGGAAAACCAAAAUGAGACAUAAUCAGCUGUGUUGUGAGACACCGCCUACUGUCACUGUUCAUGUAAAAUCAGGGUCAAAUAGAUCACAUCAGCCUAAAAAACCCAUUAAUCUGAAGCGUCCUAUUUUUAAAGAUACUUGGCCUUCAUCUGAAAAAAAUGCACAUAAUAGCAACAAGUCUAAACGCCCCAAAGGACCCUGUCUAGUUAUACAGCGUCAGGAAAUGACUGCUUUCUUUAAAUUAUUUGAUGAUGAUUUAAUUCAAGAUUUCUUGUGGAUGGACUGCUGCUGUAAAAUUGCAGACAAGUAUCUUUUGGCUAUGACCUUUGUUUAUUUCAAGAGAGCUAAAUUUACUAUAAGUGAGCAUACCAGGAUAAAUUUCUUUAUUGCUCUGUAUCUGGCUAAUACAGUUGAAGAAGAUGAAGAGGAAUCUAAAUAUGAAAUUUUUCCAUGGGCUUUAGGGAAAAACUGGAGAAAAUUGUUCCCUAACUUCUUAAAGUUAAGGGACCAACUCUGGGAUAGAAUUGACUAUAGGGCUAUUGUAAGCAGGCGAUGCUGUGAGGAGGUUAUGGCUAUUGCCCCAACCCAUUAUAUAUGGCAACGGGAACGCUCUGUGCAUCACAGUGGAGCUGUUAGAAACUACAACAGAGAUGAAGUUCAACUGCCCCGAGGACCUAGUGCCACCCCAGUAGAUUGUUCACUCUGUGGUAAAAAAGGAAGAUAUGUUAGACUGGGAUUGUCUUCAUCAUCUUCAUCCAGUGAUACAGUAGAGGUGAUGGAGAAACAUUCUCAGGAAUAAUACAACUCAUUCUCAAUGGACAUGGUAGUCAAUCCUUCUGAAGCUUAUAGCUAUUCUCAAGGUAUGAUUUAGUAAUAUGUCAGAAUUAGAUUUAUGCAAGUUAUUAACAAAUCUCGUUUAUUGACCUGUAGUCAAUUCUUGUAGGCAGGGUACAUAAUAACUUAUGUACCACAUUAUGAGUUAAAUUAGCAUUGAAAGUUUUCUCCUUUUCAGUUACUAUUUGUCUUGUGUCAGUAUCUAUUUUUGUGAUAGGUCACCUAAGCUAGAAGAUUUUUAAUGUGACUUAUGUUAAAUUGAAACCUAACACGCCACGAGUCUUGAGUAUUUUAAAGUAUUAAGUAUUUGAAGAUCGUGAAGCAUUUUCUCUGAA